AUGACCUUCCCUCAAGAACUGAUAGUGGGGAGGCUGGGAGGUUCUUCUGGACCACAGACACGUGCCACCUGUCAUACAUUUCGAAAUCCUUUAAUCGAACGUUCAACGAUAGACUAUUACAAAAUUCUUGUUACUGUUGUUGUGUUAAAAAGUGAUGAGAAAUGGACGGAUUGGUACGUAAAAUUCGACGAGUCGUGUUUCAAACGAGAAGAACGUAGGAUGUGUGCAAUACAAGAUAAUUCUGGGGAAUUGAACGGGGAUCGAACGACGUUACCGAUGACGGAGAUCUAUCAGAGCUCGAAGAUGAACGACGAGAUCUACGAUCUUCGACGCGUGUUCAUGCAACAAGAUGUGAAGAAAAUUUGUCUGAUCGACAACGUCUACGAGCGAACGAUAGAGGAUCGUCGCGAACGAUUCGCGAAAUCGCCGGAUAAUCGUCAAGGAACGAUGGAAUACGUGUCUGACUCGAGCAACGAAAGUUACAAAGAGGUGCACAGGAAGGAAAUCGAGAGGAAAAAUUGCCUGCCGGUUGGUGUUUCCAGUGCUUUCACGAUUGAUAAUAUCCUCGGGAGACACGAGAAAAAGGACACCGAGGAGGUACCUUCUGGUUUAAACAACGCCGAGGACAAAGAGGAGGAACAGGAAGAGGGAGACGAUAAAAUGGAAGAAAAUCAGUUUAUCAGACCGACUGUUAUAUCGGCCACGCAUUCGGACAUGAGUAUGGGAUUGUACGCGCCAGCAGGAUUAUCGUAUUCAGAAUUCACACUUUCUGAUCCUGCUGGUUAUUCGGCAACGUCUCUAGCUUCUGCGUCUCUUUUGUACAAUAGUUGGUUUGCUCAAACGAAACCUGGUCAAUUGUUCGGACUGCAAGCACCUAAACCUAGCGGAAGACGGUCCAGAAAACCAGGAAUCGAUCGAAAACCGCGUCAAGCGUACAGCGCGAAACAAUUAGAAAGGCUUGAAGCUGAAUUUAAGGUCGACAAAUACUUGAGCGUAAGUAAACGAAUGGAAUUGUCGAAGUCUCUGAAUUUGACGGAAGUGCAGAUAAAAACGUGGUUCCAAAAUCGUCGUACUAAAUGGAAGAAACAGCUUACAUCCAGGUUAAAGAUCGCCCAAAGGCAAGGACUUUUUCCACCCACAUAUUUUCCACCAGCACAAUACCCUCUAUUGCCAUAUUACACCACACCUCUUGUGUUUGGAACUUCGGCGUCAGAUGACGCUAACGUGAAUCCGACGCAGAUAACGUCACGACCUGUGGUAUCAUCGUCAGAUACCCUAUGAACGAAUAUCGAUUUGAAC